AUGUCGUCAUCCGAAAUCAUAGUGCCAGCGAACCAAGUACUGUUCGAAGAAUUUUGUACAUUGUUAGACAGUUUAUAUGAUAAAAAGAAAAGCAAACGAGAGAAAUUUCGUAUAUUGUCGAAUUAUGUGGAUGAUUUUAGGCUCAAAGCAGCGCAGAUUCGACAAGAAAAGAAUUCCACUUUUUAUCCUAUUCUGCGGUUACUGUUACCUGCAUUGGAGCGGGAAAGAUGUUCAUAUAAUUUAAAAGAGGCAAGGCUUGGCGCUUUAUUUGUUAAUACGUUGGCUUGGAACAAAAAAUCUCCAAAUUCUCAAAAAUUAUUGAACUAUCGAUCAAAUUGGCAUCAUAAAGAUUUUGCUACAGUUGCAUACGAUUUAUUAAAGGACAGAGUCUGCAAAUCUUCUUCACUUACAAUAGGAGAUGUUAAUGAUAUACUAGAUCAAAUUGCAAAUGCGGAAGUUGGAAAAUCACCUACUCUUGAAGAAAUAUUUACAUAUGUUUUAAAUAAAAUAAAUGGAAGGCAGUUGAAAUGGUUCCUCCGGAUUAUUCUUAAAGAUUUGAAACUAAAUAUGGGCUUGAAACGUAUCUUUGCUGCUUUCCACCCGGACGCAAAAAUAUAUUAUGAUAACUGCUCCGAUCUAAGCAAGGUUUGUGCGAAUUUUGACGGUGGUAAUACUCGACCAUCUGAAAUUGGCGUUGAAAUAUUCUACGCCGUAAGUCCGAUGCUUUUAGAGCAGCUAAAAAUUACAAAACUUUCUGAUCUUCCGCCGACGAAGACCUACAUGAUAGAAGAAAAAUUCGACGGUGAAAGAUUUCAGAUACAUAUGGAGAAUAAUAUUUUCGAAUAUUUUUCAAGAAAAGGACACAAGUAUUCGCACAACUUCGGAGAAUCUUAUGAAUCUGGUUCAUUGACACCACUUCUGAAAGAUUGCUUUGCUCCAACUGUCAAGAGUUUUAUACUGGAUGGUGAAAUGAUGGGCUGGCAUAAGGAGCAAGAGACUUUUGGAUCGAAAGGAAUGAAGUACGACGUGAAAACUUUAAAGGAUAAAUCGCAAUACAAACCGAGUUUUUGUGUUUACGAUAUUUUAUAUUACAACGGAAAGUCUUUAGUUGGACCUUCAGAAAUGGGUGGCCUACCUCUAAUCAAGCGCCUUGAAAUAUUGGAUAAUCUGUUUCGUGAUUUUUCUGGAGUUAUAUCGCACAGUAAGCGGCAAGUGGUAAAGGAUAAUUCGGAUAUAGUGGAUGCAUUAAAUAAGUGUAUCGAGGACAAUAAAGAAGGCAUAACGGUUAAAGACAUUGAGUCAUAUUACAUCGCUAAUCGACGGGACGCUGGGUGGUACAAAAUUAAACCUGAGUAUACAGAAGACGCAAUAGAGGACCUUGAUCUAGUGAUUAUUGGCAAAACGCUAAGACAUCCAAAAAGCUUCUAUGUUGCUUGUGUUGAUAAUACAGGUGGGGCUCCGCGCUGGCUCUGCAUGUGUAGCGUGACGGGGCUCGGACGCGAGGCUCGCGGCGCGCUGUGCGAGCGGCUCGCGCCGCACUGGCGCCGCGCCGCCGCGGACCCGCCGCCGCCCUGCCUGCACUUCAACAAGCAGAAGCCCGACUUUUGGCUGCUGCCCGAACACUCUGUCGUGUUACAGGUCCGUGCUUCGGAGCUAGUAAGCAGUAAUUCGUAUGGCACUCCCUACACAUUGCGUUUUCAACGCAUUAUUAAAGUUCGGUAUGAUAAACCUGUGAAUGACGUUAUGACUUUGCAGCAGUUUGAAAAAAUUGUUUCGUCUAAUAAGGAGGUGGUGAAGCUCAGUAAAAAAAUUAAUCAAGAACAAAUCGACAAUGUUUCUAUGAUACCUCGUAAAAAGCGUGUCGCUAAGCCCCUUAAAGUAGCCGAACAGUUCCGAACCCAAAUCAGUGGUGAAGUGACAGUGAAGUCACAAGCUUUGCUCGGGAGGAAGAUUUGUAUACUCUCUGACGACGUCGACUGCGACAAAGCGGAGUUGGUGAAAAUUAUAAAGUCGCAUGGAGGGAAACACGAGGAAAACUAUGGUGCAGACACAUGGUGUUGUGUUGCUGGACGACUAAUAGAUCACGUGCGAUUUUUAAUAAACAAGAAAACUGUGAACAUUGUCAGCACAUCAUGGCUGAGGUCCCUUCCCGAAUCUGAAACUUUAUGUUCCCUGUCCCCGCUCGAUAUGUUGGCGAUAACGAAGGAAAUGAGACUGAAAAUGAGCCUCGAUUAUGACUAUUUCGGCGAUAGCUAUAAAGAGCCAAUAGAAGUGGACACGUUGAAGAAAUGCUUUGAGAAGAUGGACAGCGAUGAACCGAAAAUGUAUCUUACAACACAAGAGAAAAUAAAAGUAGAUAAAGAGCUCUUUGAGGAAAAUAAUCCGUUUUCUUAUUUGCGUCCUUGUUUUUUGUCGCUUCCAAAGAGCAAUCGAAUUUAUGCUAUACGGGCGCAAAUGUACGGCGCUACGAUAUGUGACCUGGAUUCUGGAAAUGUGACACAUGUAGUUAUACCGAAGAGUGCUUCGUCCCGUGAUAAAGAGGAAGCAAAGAAACGCAAUGCUCUUUUGGUCUCUGAAGAAUGGUUGGACGCAUGCUUUGCCGAAGGGAGAUUGAUUUCAGAAGCAUUGUUUAUAUUUUCCUAA